UGCCCAUUCUUUCCUGCAUGAAUUGUCUUCACACCAAUUUCUUCUUAAAACACAAAACCCAGAAUGAAUUGCAGUCAGGCUCCUGGCUUUAUCCUCUUGGGACUGUCCAGUGACCCAGAGAAAAGGCAGGUCCUUUUUAGCAUCUUCCUAGUUCUCUACUUGCUGGGCCUCCUAGGGAACCUGCUACUUUUGUUAGCUAUUGGUGCCGAUGUCCACCUCCACACCCCCAUGUAUUUCUUCCUCAGUCAGCUCUCCCUUGUGGAUCUUUGCUUCAUCACCACCACAGCCUCUAAAAUGCUGGCAGCUUUGUGGACUGGAGAUGGAUCAAUAUCAUUCUCUGGAUGUCUGACUCAGUUGUACUUCUUUGCUGUUUUUGCAGACAUGGAUAACCUGCUUCUGGCAGCCAUGGCUUUUGACCGCUAUGCUGCUAUCUGUUACCCUCUGCACUACCCAGUUCUAAUGACUUCUUGCAGAUGUGCAGUUCUGGCCAGUGGGUUGUGGGGAGUAGCGCAUUGUGUAUCUCUGGCCCAUACCUUGUUGCUCUCUGAGUUAUCCUUUCAUACCAAUCAAGAGAUUCCUCAUUUUUUCUGUGAUUUUGGGCCUCUCUUAUGGCUUUCCUGCUCUGAUGUCCACCUCAAUGAGGGCCUGAUGAUGGCUUUGGCUGGGGUUUUAGGAAUCAGUGCAUUUCUCUGCAUUGUGAGUUCUUAUGGUUGUAUUUUCUAUGCUGUGUCUAGAGUUCCAUCUAUACAGGGGAAAAGGAAAGCCAUGACCACAUGCAGUUCCCACCUCUCUGUGGUCCUCCUCUUCUACAGCACAGUCUUUUCCACAUACCUGAAGCCCCCAUCUCAUUCUCACUCCUCUGAGGAGGUGGUAGCUGCUGUCAUGUAUACCCUGGUAACUCCCACCCUGAACCCCUUCAUUUACAGUCUGAGAAAUAAGGAUGUUAAGAGUUCACUGAGAAGGAUCCUGAACAUGGAGAAGUCUCAGGACUGAGAAUCAUCACUCCGGAAGGAUCAC